CCUCCUUUGAAAUCUUCAGCUCACCUUUCCUGCUGGUUGAUUGUUGGGAGCCGGCUUAUUUCGUCUUUUCUAAGCUCCGCUUUAUCCUGGUCCCGGGGUCUGGCGGCCAGACCGGAAUAAAGCCGAUCCCUCGAUCCCAGACCAGUGUUUGCUCUGUCUUGCCCUCGCCCCCGGCCCCUCGGGGCGUCGUUGCUGGACCACCCUCGCGGAUCGUCCCGGGCUCGGUGCGAGCCCCAGUCUUUCCUGCCGGGACCAUGACGCUCGCGGCAGAAAUAGGUUCCAUGGAAAUGCUCUCCUUCCUUGUAGGGUUCUUGGGGCUGACGUGCUGGGUACUGAGGUCGGUCGUGGGACGGUGCUACGGCCGCCACGCCAGCGCCCGCUUCGGCCUGACUCUGCCGGGGAAGCUGGCGUGGGCCGUGCAGGAGCUGCCGUGCUUGCUGGUGCCCCUCUACGUGGUCACCUGCACCCCGGCCCAGCGCCUCAGCCACUGGCCCAAUCUCAUCCUCCUGGCCAUCUUCAUCAUCCACUACUUGCAAAGGUCAUUAAUUUUCCCUUUUCUGAUUCGUGGAGGAAAGCCAGUACCAAUCCUCGUAUUCUUGUCGGCAUUCAUGUUCUGUACGCUUAAUGGAUACUUACAAAGCCAAUAUUUGAGUAAUUAUGCAGUAUACUCUGAAAACUGGGUAAAAGAUCCCCGUUUUAUCACAGGUUGUGCCAUGUGGCUGUUAGGAAUGUUAAUAAAUAUCUAUUCUGAUAAUAUCCUAAGAAACUUGAGAAAACCAGGAGAGACUGGGUACAAAAUACCAAGAGGAGGCUUGUUUGAAUAUGUUACUGCAGCCAAUUUCUCUGGAGAGGUGAUAGAAUGGUAUGGAUAUGCUCUUGCAAGUUGGUCCUUUGAAGGCAUUGCAUUUGCACUAUUUACAACUUGUGUUUUAAGUGCCAGAGCGCAACAGCAUCACAGGUGGUACCUGGAGAAAUUUGAAGACUAUCCAAAGUUUAGGAAAGUCAUAAUUCCAUUUUUAUAUUAAGCACAUCAUCAGUAAAAUUUUCUCCUAUCUUCAGCUUCAAGAGUUUAGAUAAUUUUCUCUGGGGAAUAUCGUGCUGUAAAAAAUGAGGAAAUAAAUUAAUUCAAAGAGUCAUGGCAGUAUUUGUAUAAACUGAAGUAGAGUGAGGUGACUAGGACCAGAAGGAAAAUUGAUACUAUAACAUCAAUUUUAUAAAAAUGAACAAUUCUGAAGACUUGUCUAACCUGAUGAAGAUUAAAUGAGGCAAACCUGGAGAACAAUUUGUGCAAUAACAAUACCACUAUACAAACAAGCAUCUUUGAAAACUAUAAGAACUGCAAUCAAUGAAAUGGCUUCCAGAAUUUCAGAGGACUGAUAAUGAAGCUUGCUAUCUACAUCCUGAUAGAGAAAUAAUACAUUUAGGAUGAAGAAUGAGAUGUGUAUUUUUUAAAAAUAGCUAAUGAGGAAAUUUGUUUGACUAUACAUAUUUGUUAAAAAAGGAAUUUG